AUGCACCAACGAGUCCACACCGGGGAGAGGCCGUUCACCUGCUCCGAGUGCGGGAAGGGGUUCACUCGGUCAUAUGAGCUGCUAAUGCACCAACGAGUCCACACCGGGGAGAGGCCGUUCACCUGCUCCGAGUGCGGGAAGGGGUUCAGUCGAUCAUACAACCUUCAGAUACACCAACGAAUUCAUACCAGGGAGAGGCCAUUCAUCUGCUGCAACUGCGGGAAGGGAUUCACUCAGUCAUAUGAGCUUCUGACACACCAACGAAUUCACACCGGGGAGAGACCCUUCACCUGCUCUGAGUGUGGGAAGGGGUUCACUCGGUCAUACGACCUUCAGAUGCACCAAAGAAUUCACACCGGGGAGAGGCCGUUCAUCUGCUCUGAGUGUGGGAAGGGAUUCACUCAGUCUUCUGUUCUUCUGAGGCACCAACAAAUUCACACUGGGGAGAAGCCCUUCACAUGCACCGAGUGUGGGAAGGGGUUCACUCAGUCGUACAACCUACUGAUACACCAGCAAAUUCACACUCGGAAGAGACUGUUCACCUGCUCAGAGUGUGGGAAGGGGUUCACCCAGUCAUCAAAGCUGCUGGCUCACCAGCAAGUUCACACUAGGCAGAGUUCCUUCAACUGCUCUGAGUGUGGGAAGGGGUUCACCCAGUUGUCCAAAUUGCUGGCUCAUCAGCGGGUGCACUCUGCGGAGAAGUCUUUCAACUGUUCUGAGUGCGGGAAGGGGUUUAUUCGGCCGUCUGAGCUCCUGAGGCAUCAACUAAUUCACUCCGGGGAGAGACCCUUCACCUGCUCAGAGUGCGGGAAGGGGUUUACUCAGUCAUACAGCUUACUGAUACACCAACAAAUGCACACUCGAAAGAGACUGUUCACCUGUUCUGAUUGUGGGAAGGGAUUUGCCCAGUCAUCUAAGCUGCUGGCUCACCAGCGUGUUCAUACCGGGGAGAAGCCCUUCACCUGCUCAGAGUGCAGGAAGGGGUUCUUUCGACCGUCAGAGCUACUGACACACCAGCGAAUUCACACCGGGGAGAGGCCCUUCACCUGCUCUGAGUGCAAGAAGGGGUUCACUCGUUCAGCUGAUCUGCUGAUUCACCAGCGAGUUCACACCGGGGAGAGACCGUUCACCUGCCCUGAAUGUGGGAAGAACUUCACUCGGUCGUCUCACCUCUGGAGACACCAACGAGCUCACGCUAAAGGGACUGUUUAAAUGUGUGGUUCAUACGUGGGGAUUUAAACACUGCAGCUGCUGAGAGCGUGGGUCCAGAAUUAUCAAAGGAUCUGUGCGUGGGAAUCUCAAACUGAACAUCAAUCAUAUCAGCUCUGCAGUCAUUUCACCAGAGGAGAUGCUUGAGAAGAAUCACAUUGUGACUAGUAAGGCAGUGAGAUUUACACUCCUGAAUGAUUGUUCAAGUGACAGCCAUUUACAUAACCAAAGAACAUAGCACACUAGGUGAAACAAGGACAAAUCAAACUUGUUGUGUGGGGAAAUUUUUGAUAACCAGCCUGGUGAGAAACUUUAUAAACUAUAAGACCAAAAGACCAUAACAUAUAGGAGAAGAAUUAGCCAUUUGGCCCGUUGAGUCUGCUCUGCCAUUUGAGCAUAGCUGAUCCAUUUUCCCUCUCAGCCCCAAUCUUCUGCCUUCUCCCCAUAUCCCUUCAUGCCCUGACGAAUCCAGAAUCUAUAAAGCUCUGCCUUAAAUAUACAUAAAGACAGCCUCCACAGCUACCUGCAGUAAUGAUUUUCACAGAUUCACCCCUCUCUGGCUAAAGAAAUUCCUCCAUUAUAAAAGGACACCCCUCCAUUUGGAGGUUGUGUUCUCAGGUGAUAGACAUCCCACCAUGGCAAACAUCCUCUGCACAUCCACUCUACUGAGGCAUUCAAUCGGUUUCAAUUAGGUCAUCCCUCAUUCUUCUGAAUUCCAGUGAAUACAUGCCCAGAGCCACUAAAUGCUCUUUAUAUGAUAAGCGGUUCAAUCCUGGAAUCAUUUUUGUGAAUCCUCUUUGAACCUUCUCCAGUGCCACCACAUCCUUUUUAAGAUCUUUGAAAAACAUCUUCACUUAGCAUUGCAGAUACUCAAAGCCAUUUUCACUUACUAGAAACUAAGAUAAGAAUAUAAUGAAAGGAUAUAAAAUACACACACACAUACACCAAUACUAGUUACAGCUUCACUAGCUUCAAAGUAUCAUCAGCUGUUAGCUUGUAGUUUGUACUAACUUUUAAUACCUAUAUUGUGAAUAGUGCUUGAUCUUGCAAUUAAGGAAUUCAAAUACAGUGCAUUCCGGAUAAUUGGGCCAUGGGUUAAUUGGGACAGCCAAUUAUUUGGGACACCUCUUAAAGAACAAAAUCUAAUUGAACAAAUAGCUGGGAUUUCUUUCUUUUAUUUGGGACACUGUGCCAUUUAAAAGUUGAAAUGUUCAUUUAUUAUCAAAGUAGGUAUGCAGUAUACAACUCUGAGAUUUGUCUUCUCCAGGAAGCAACUGCCAUGAAAAUUGGGAUGGGAAACUGUUGCCCAACAGUUUCGAACUAGCCAUAGUCACAUACACACUUGAUAUGCUUAGAGCAAAGAGUUUUUAAACAGCAUCAGUUGUGUGUAUUAAUGUCCAAAGUUCAGUGAUUUUCAUCACUAAUAGUUGGUGAGAAAUAAGCAGUAUGAUAAUUCAGAACUGUUUUGCUCACUGCAGUUUUAAACAUUCAGGCUUAAAGAUGCCAGGACUGAAAAAUGAACCUGUUUCACUACUUCAAGAAGUUAAGAACUGUGAAGAAUUUGAAGGCAUUGACAAUCAUCUCGUAUGUUGCAAUGAUAAUGAAGAUUUGGAGGAUGUAUUGUGAGAAGGUAGUCCAUUAUUUGCACUAGGUGUCUGUGCUGAUUUUGUUCAUUUACAGUCAAAAGAACAUGGCACUGCACAUUGUUUGAAUUCUUCUGUUGAUAACUAUUAGGAACUAAUGCG